AUGAGUUUGGAGUCCCUGCGGCGUCGCUUUGUAGAUCUUUACAAGCUGCUGAACGUACACCCCAACGCAGGCGACUUGGAGAUUAAAUAUAAAUUUGCUGCUGCAGCAAAGGCUUCUCACCCUGACUGUGGAGGCGACGCUUCCCGCUUCCAGGCUGUCACCGAGGCCUACAAAAUCCUCAGCACACAAAGAGCAGCCUACGAUGCUUUAUAUAGAGCUAGAAAGGGCAGCAGCAGCAGCAGCAGCAGCAGCAACAGCGGCAGCAGCAGCAGCAGCAGCAGUUGGUUUGCAGACUCCACGUGGAGAUGCAGCAGCAACGACAGCCGAUUUGACGCCGAUGCAAAUUUCUGGGGGAGCUUCAUGCGCAUGCAGCAGCAGCAGCGGCAGCAGCAGCAGCAGCAGCAGCAGGAACAGCAGCAGCGGGACCCCUUUGGCAGCAACUUCGAAGACACAAGCUUCUGGAGGCGCCCCCCGCGUGCAUAUGGUUCUCGCUGCGCAAAAACAAAGAAAAGCCGCAGCGAGAAGGCAGCAGCAGCAGCUGCUGCAGCUGCUGCUGCACGAGCAGCAGCAGCAGCUGCUGCUGCAGAAGCAGCUGCUGGAGCUAGACGAGAUUGCAGCAGCAGCAGCAGCAGCAGCAGCAAACACUCUCCACGCCGCCGCCAGCAGCAACAGCAGUGGAGGUUUGUUGAUGUCUUUGUACUUGAGGACGACGAAAUCAGCAGCAGCAGCAGCAGCAGUAGCAGCAGAAGCAGCAGCUACCUGAAGAAGAAGAAGCGGCACUCGCAGCGGGGAUCUAAGCCGAGAGAAGACAGCAAAGAAAACAACAGCAGCAACAGCAGCAGGAAUAGCAGCAGCAGCAGAUGCAGCAGCAACUGUAGCAACAGCCACAACAGGACCAACGGCAACAAUCGCGAUCCCAGCAACAGUAGCAGCACCAACAGCAGCAACGACAGCAGCAGCAACAACAACAGCAGCAGCAACAACAACAACAGCAGCAGCAAUGACAGCAGCAGCAGCAGCAGCAAUAGCAGCAACAGCUGCAGCGAAGGCGGAGCCGUAGAACCUGCAGCAGAUUUUACAUCGACUAGCACAGGCGCAAACACCCCAUCAGCAGCAGCAGCAGCAGCAGCAGCAACAGCAACACCAGCAGCAGAAGCAGCAGAGUCACGGCCAGCAGCAGAAGCGGAAGCAGCUUCACAAGCAGCAGCAGCAGCAGCGGCGCGUGCUGCAGCAGCAGCUAAAGCUGCUGCUGCAGCACGCGCCAAGUUUUUUGAUACCGACGAAGAGAGUGAUGCAGAGACGGAUGAACAGCAGCAGCAGCAGCAGCAGCAGCAGCAGCAGCAGCGGCAGAAACGGCAGCAGCGGAAGCAGCGGCCUUCCUGCCAGGACUCCGAAGGCUUCGCCUGUAACAACAACAGCAGCAGCAGCAGCAGUAGCAGCAGCAGCGACAGCAGCAGCAGUAACCAAAGCACUACGAGCCGCCGCGGCAGCCGCAGCAGCAGCAGCAGCAGCAGCAGCAGCAGCAGCAGCAAGAGGGCGAGUAUCUACACGGUUGCUUCUUUGCCUGCUGCUGCAGUGUCUGUGCCUUCUAUGAGCCUCAGCCAAAAGGAAGGCAAUCGCGUGGAGCCCGUUCUCUUCUUUCAACUUAAAGCUGCUAACAGAUGGUCUGCUGCUGCUGCUGCUGCUGCUGGUUCUGCUGCUGCUGCCGCUGGUGCUGCUGCUGUUUCUGCUGCUGGUUCUGACUCUGCUGCUGGGUCUGCUGCUGCUGCUGCUGGUGCUUCUGCUGCUUCUCCAUCUGCGCGCAGGAUCAGCAGCAACAGCAGUAUCAGCAGCAGCAAGAACAGCAGCAGAGCAGCACGACCAGCACCAGCAGCACCCCUAGCAUCAGCAGCAGCAGCAACAGCAGCAGCAGCAGCAGCAGUGUUGUUUGUGGCUUGUGCUGCUUGUGUUUAG